AUGCUGUCUGGUAACAGUUACCAUUUCAACACGCUCUCUGCGUAUGAAAAUAUUGCUUAUGUUCAAUAUGCUGCAGAACUCAAGUUACUGUCGGAACAAUUUUCGAACAGAUUUAGCGACUUCAAAAACAUAGAAGACUGUUUCAGUUUAUUUGCUACUCCUACAAAAUGUAAUAUACAAAUUGCUCCAAUACACUUACAAAUGGAGUUGAUCGAGAUUCAAGAAAACUCACUCCUAAAAUCCAAAUUUGAAGACCUUAGAAAAUUCGCAAGAAGAUUGAUUUGUGCGUUUGGCAGUACUUAUAAAUGCGAACAGUUCUUUUCAUUGAUGAAAGUUACUAAAUCAACACAUCGUACAAGACUGACUGACGAUAAUUUGGAAAAUUCUUUACGUCUUUGUAUCAGUGGUAUUAAUGCAAAUAUCGAUGGAUUAGUUUCCCGAAUUCAAGCUCAAGUGUCACAUUAA